UCGCAGCAGGACAGGCGGUCUACAGGCAGGUUUAAAUAAAAUGCGCCGCCAGCUAGUGGGGAAGGAAGCCUGGCUUCUUCUAAAAGUUGGCAGAAGUUAAUACUUUAGGUACAUUACGAAGUCAAUAUGUCAAACGAAAGGCCGUUUCAAGAACUGAGUGAGAAUUUGGAGGGAUCCUUGUGCAGGCCUCUGAGGACUAAAUGGAAAAGGCGGCCCGCCUGCAGCGGGGGUCUAGACACAGAAAACACUCCAAACGAGCUCAUCCAGCAGUGGUCACCUCCGCACAAAAAGCCCCUGACUUCUGCAAAAGGGAAAGAAAAUGAGGAAAACGUGUUUUUUCUUGCCAGACGCCCCAGAAAAAGAAGAGAAUCAUCAGCAGGCUGGUGUUGGGACAGUCUACCUGAUGAGCUGUUGCUGGGAAUCCUGUCUCGUCUCUCACUGCAAGAUCUCCUCAGGACGUCACGGGUCUGCAAGCGCUGGCAUCGUUUAGCGUUUGAUGAGUCUCUGUGGCACGGUGUGGACCUGGUGGGAAAAGCUCAGUUAGAUGCGGAGCUUGGGCAGGUGCUCUCAGCUGGGGCAUUGAGGCUGCGCUGUCCACACACCUGCAUCGGUCAACCCACUUUUAAAAGUACAGAGAAGCUUCGCAUCCAACAUUUGGAUUUAUCAAACUGCACAGUGGAGACGUCUGUUCUAGAAGACAUCCUGUUUCGCUGCAGACAUCUACAGAAUCUCAGUCUCGAAGGAUUGGUGCUCUCCGAUAGUAUUAUUCAUUCUCUUGCUCAAAAUACUGAGUUUGUCCGGCUGAAUUUGUGUGGCUGUUCUGGCUUCUCUCCUGAAUCUCUGGCUGAGAUGCUGAAAUCUUGCUCUCGAAUUGAAGAAAUGAACGUGUCGUGGUGUGACUUCAACAAUCUUCAUGUUCAAGCCAUUGCUAACAACAUUCCCUCCAGCGUCACUCAACUGAACAUCAGUGGUUACAGACAAAACCUCAUCAUGGAAGAUGUCAAAGCUAUAGUAAAAAGAUGUCCGAACCUCACAAACCUAGAUUUGAGUGAUAGUGUGCUUGUGACGACAGACAGUUUCCUAGUCCUGCAGCAACUUUCCUCCCUGAAACAUCUGGGACUGAGCCGUUGUUAUCAGAUCCACCCAGCUUCUCUCAUUGACUUUGAAAAGUUUCUAAAUUUGCAGACCCUGGAGGUCUUCGGGCUCAUACAGGACAGCUACCUGCCCAUUCUUUGUAAAGGUCUACCGCACAUACAGAUCAACACACAGCCUUUCUCCACUGUGGCACGUCCCACCUCGUCAUCAAGAAAAGAUCGCACACUUUGGGGAAUGCACUGCCGACUCGUCUACAAACAUUAAUGUUUUUAAUCCAGGAUGAUUACAGGGUAAACCAAAUAGAUCAAUAUUUCUCUUACUGUGACCUAUUAAUUGUGGUUUUAAAAAUGUCUUAAACAUCACUAGUAAGUCAGUUUCAAUUUUGUGAAGGUGAUAAUUGUGUUAGAGGUCCUGACAAUCUUGAAUUGAGUGGUGUUCUUGUUAUGUUGCAGCAAAGAUCAUAUUUUAUACCACAACCACUCUUAUUUUGUGGUAAAAGAUUGUUAGUGGUAUAUUUUAACUGUUUGUUACCAAUA